AUGUUCGGCGUUGCGAGUGGUGCGACGGGCCCCACGGCAUUCGCCACCAUCACCACCAGAACCGAGCCCCUCGCAACCGCCAGCGACGACACGCCGGCGGCGGUUGUCGCCGCCGCUGCCGCCGGGAGGGCGCCCGCCGCCGUGUUCAGCGGUGGCCCGAGGGGGUUCGCCACCGUGAGCAGCAGGGGGGACGACGGCGCCGCCGCUGAGAACCCUUUCUCCGCCAAGGCGGCGCUGAUCAGAUACUGGUCGAGGAAGGUCCCCAACGGGCGGCCCAAGCCGGCAUUCCUCCUCUCCAAGGCCUCCCCAUUGUCCGGCGCAGAGGCCGCCCUCUAUGAGCGCCUCGCGUCGGUGCCGAGCGCGCUGGCGGAGCGCCUUCCGUCUUUCUGCUCCGCGGCGGCGCUCUUCUGCUUCCCCGAACUGGCCGCGCCGCUGGACCAGCGCGGCGGCGCUGCCAACUUCGCCGUGUACAGCAGCAAGGACUUCUCCAACUACGCCACCGGCAAGGUCGGCGGCGCCAGCUCCUUCAAGAACUACUCCGACAACGAGAACGUCCCCAUCGACUCCUUCCGCCGCUACAGCCGCGGCUCCUCCGCCCACGCCGAUGGCUUCGCCAACUACGCCCCAAACGGCAACGUCGUCACCGCUAACUUCACUAGCUACGCCACCGGCGCCGCCGGCGGCACCGGCGACUUCACCAACUACGACCGCGGCUCCAACGUCCCCGACCUCAAGUUCACCAACUACGAUGCCGACGCCGACGGCCGCGUGCAGUCCUUCAGCAGCUACUCCGACGACACCAACGCCGGCGACCAGUCCUUCUCCGGCUACGGCAAGCGCGGCGUCGGCGUUCCCCUCACCUUUAAGAGCUACGCCACCAACUCCAACGUCAUCGGAUCCACCUUCCGCAACUACGGCGAGGAGGGAACCUCCGGGAACGACACAUUCACCAAUUACGGCUUCAACGGGAACGUGCCGGAGAACAGGUUCUCCAGCUACGGCAGCGCCGGCCAUGGCGGCUCGGAGAGCUUCUCCAGCUACCGGGAGCAGUCCAACGUUGGCGACGAUAGUUUCUCCUCCUACGCCAAAGGCGUCACUGGCGGCGCCGCCGCGUCCUUCUCCGGCUACGGCCAGUCCUUCAACCUCGGCAGCGACACCUUCGCCGGCUACGGCGAGCAGGCAGUCGGCAAGACCCCCGUCGGGUUCACCACCUACGGCGAGAACACCACCUUCAAGGACUACGCCGACAAGAAGUCCGUCUCCUUCAAGGCCUAUAACGUCUCCUCCUCCUCCGCCACCACUGCGACGGCGGCAGCGACAGCGACGGCGACGGCGAUGGAGAAGAAGACGAGCAGGUGGGUGGAACCUGGGAGGUUCUUCAGGCAGAGCAUGCUGAAGACGGGCACGGCGAUGGCGAUGCCGGAUCUCCGGGACAGGAUGCCUCGGCGGGCAUUUCUCCCCCGUUCCAUUGCGCAGAAGCUCCCCUUCUCCACAGCCCGCUUGGAGGACAUGAACAGGGCCUUCAACGCGACGCCGGACACGGCGCUGGCCAAGGCCAUGGCCAGCACGGUGGCGGAGUGCGAGCGAGCCCCCAGCAGGGGGGAGACGAAGCGGUGCGCCACCUCCGUGGAGGACAUGAUCGACUUUGCGACGGCGGUGCUCGGAAGCGACGUGGUGGUGCGGUCGACGGAGAGCGCCGCCGGGUCCCGCCGGAGCGUCGUGGUGGGGAAGGUCACCGGAGUCGACGGGGGAAGGGUGACGCGAGCGGUGUCCUGCCACCAGAGUCUCUUUCCCUUCCAGGUCUACUACUGCCACUCCGUCCCCAAGGUGAGGGUCUACGAGGCGGAGAUUCUCGCCGGCGCCGCCGAGAAGAUCAACCACGGGGUGGCCAUCUGUCACCUCGACACGUCGGAGUGGAGCCCCGGGCACGGGGCUUUCGUGGCCCUCGGUGACGGGCCAGGUCGGAUCGAGGUGUGCCACUGGAUCUUCCCGGGCGACAUGACGUGGACGGUUUCUGAUUGA